GAACUAACUUCGAGCGGGCUGACUGAAUGACAACAACAUGGCGGACGAGUUGACUUGUACCAGUGAAGCAAUUCAAAAGUUCGUAGCAGAUAACGGUGGAAAAGUCAGCAAUCAAGAAUUGGUUAAACAUUUCAAAAAAUUUUUAAGUGGACCAAAUAGUUUACCUAAUGCAAGAGCAAUUUUUAAGGAUUAUGUGAAUGCAGUUGCAUCAAUAAAAGUAGAAGAUGGCGUCAAGUACAUUAUUUUGAAAAAGAGAGGGUAUGAGGGAAAAAGUGACACCAGCUCGAGUUCCGAGCAGAUAUCCGAAGACAGCAAGAAUGACUCUAAGAAAUGCCGACUUAGCGAUGAUAAAGAAUCUGCUAAAAACAAAGAGACUUCGAAUCAAUCAAACAUUUUACACAGUCAUUCGAGUCCAUCCAUUCUCGGUAUGGCAUCGCCACAAGCUCAGAAUGCUGAUCAUGCUGUACCGGCAGUGACAUCACCUAUAUUUUGGAGUUCGGAUCUGCCUCCAGGCCACGUGCCUCAACCUCCGCCAAGGAGGAAGUAUUCCAUGAAAGGAAAAGAAAAUCGGGGAACCAAGUAUGAAGAAAGUAUACGGCAAAUAUAUGAGGAAAAAGAAACCACAACUAGUCCUAGAAAUGAAGAAAUCCGGGAAGUAGUGAGUCCUGGCAGUGUGAAAGAAAAAGCACACUUGUUGAAUAAGAUGGCAACGGAAUCGGAUAUCAUCCCGAAGCAACCAUAUGUUCCUAGCAGAAGAAGAGAGCAUCGAGACGACAAGAGUCCGGAAGAUGAUGCCUGUUCUAUUUCAACGUUGGAUCCUCGACGGAAGGAAUGGAUUUUAAAAGCUUCGCGUGCCGAUUAUCACGAAUUGGUCCGCCUUUUGCGUGAAGAACCAAAACUGGCUUUUGUGAAGACUGCCUUACACUGGGCUGCUAAACAUGGGAAUUUGGAUGUUAUAAAAUUGAUGGCCGGCACUUAUAAACUCGACACUAAUGCGAGAACGGGUUAUACACCAUUGCAUCUUGCUGCUAUGUUUGGUCGUGAAGAAAUAAUGGAAGUUCUUAUAAACACCUAUGGUGCGGAUUCAAGUAUAAGAGACUACAGUGGCAAGCGACCGUUGCAUUACCUGCCAAAAAGUCAAGCAGAACGUUUUUUGAGCUUAUUUCCUACAUUAUCUUAUCCUGUUCUCCUCUUUGGGAAACCAGUUGUUGCAAAAGGUGAAAAAGAGCCGAGUCUCAUGCGAAUGGGUUCCCUCAACAGCAAAGUCAAGAAGCCGUCCGUGCUGUCUGCCAGUGGAAGGGCCAUUACUCGCAUGAAAAGCUGGGGAUCUGCGGACAAUAUACCUGACAGGGCUAUGAAUCUUAUGCCACCACCCAAGACGUUUCCGAAAAAGAAGAAAUCUCGAAAACAUGCAGAUAUCAUUGGGAUAUCUGAGAACUGGCGAGGUAGAACUCCAGAUUCAGAUUCAGAUAGUGCAACUGGAUUAGCUGCUUGAAGCGUAAAAAAGCUGAAAGGGAAACCUGCAUUUCUUUAGAAUACUGUAGAAGCUGCAUUUUAUUAUUAUUUUUUCUUUUGCAAUGAUUAAGAUUUCAUUUACAUUGUUUUUAUAAAACAAUUGCAAUUAUUUUAGAUCAAACUUCAUGUUACAACAAAAGUUAUUGCAUUAAAUAUUUUAUGCUUUUUCCUCUACUUACUGACAUCAGAUCUCUACAUGAAGAACUAUUAUGUUGUUCUAGUUUGGUUAGUGUUGAUAUACGAAUUUGCUUACACGUGUCUUAUAUUUUUUCUGCUUCAAAACAAAAGUUGCUUAUACUUGCUGUGCUUUAAUACUAAUUAAUGUUUAUCAAUAAUUCUUCACUGAGUGUCAAUACAAUAGAAGAUGGUUAAAUCUAGCAUUUUUAAUGUGAAUUUGACGGAAAUUCGUAUUUUCCAAGAUAUAAAGAAGAAAAUAGAUAUUGAUCAUAAAAACACAAACUUUAUAUUCAAAAAUUGACACAAUAUUUUAAAAAUCAGAAGAAGCAAAUUUUUUAAAAAAAUUUUUAAUUCACUUGACAAGUUUUCUGUUGUAAUAUGCAUUCAAAUUAAAAAGAAACAAUGGGAAAUUACUAGCCCAUUUAUAUUUUUUUAAAAAAAUUUUCAAACAAAUGUUAAUUGUGCUGCUUAUUCUUAAGCCUUUGUACAAUAGACAUGCACAUUUAUUAUUAUUUAUUCAAAAUUAUUCAUUUAUUGAUUUUGAAAUAUUGAUUAAAGCUAUUAAAGAAAAGCUAAAGCUAUUAAACAAAAUAUCUUGUAUGCGAUUUUGGAUUGAAAUUCUUUGCUUUUCCUGUAUUCAUUUUUCUAUUCAAUUUUUCCAAGGUUGAAUUUUUAAAAAAAUCGAAUUCUAUUGUCUUUGAAUUAACCAUGUUCUAUUGUAUGUCUUUCACAAAAAUGUGAUUUUUGUUUAUAAAAUCAAAGUAUAUUGGGUGCAUUUACAUUAAAUGCAUGAUUGUUACUUUUGUUUUGUUUUUUAAUUGUUAUGAAUUAAUUUGUAUGCAAUUUGUGUGCCAUAAACCUUGCCAGGGGCUAUCAAAAAGUUGUAGCAUUCCUUAGACAUUUAGUGUGUGGUUAUGAAUGUGGUUUGAUGGUGUGAUAUUUGCACAAUAGUUGUUUGUAUAGAAAAUUUAUUUUUGAUGUGAUGAUAUCUUCCGAAUAUUUUUUUAUGUAUUUUUUUUAUGUAUAUGAAAGGCUUUAAAAGGAAAUUCUUAAUUUUAAUAAUAUUCUGUUGUACAAAGUCUCUAAUUUUGGUUUAACUUUCUGAAAGUAUGGUUUGUUAUUGCUUAUUAUUUCCUUAUUCAUGCUAGUCACAAAAUUUAAAAAUUGUAAAUUUCAAAUUGAAUUAUUAUUUGGUGUAAUAUAGGCAUGUUAACAACUAUCUUUGAUUAAAUAAUCUAAUCUAAUCUAAUAAUUGAAUCUAAUUAGAGAUGAAAAAAACUGUCAUUGUGUAAAUUUUCUUAGAGCAAAUGAUUAACAGCUUCAGAUACUUUUAUAUAA